AUGGUGGCUGUAGAGGAGAAGAAGGAGAGGGAGGCUGCCCUGGCCAAGGCUCGGGAGACCUCGAAGAAAGCGGAGGAAGAGGGCCGUGCGGUCGCCGAGCUUGACAAGGAGAAGAGCCUCCUUAAGUCAGAACUCGCCUCUGCUCGGGAGGCCUACCGAGAGCUAAAGGAGGAGUGCGUGAAGAGCGAGAUCGCUCGGAGCGCCGCGGAGGAGGCGGGGAAGAAGGCCCGUGAGGACCUCGAGGCAGAGCGAAUCCGUUCUCGCAGUCUUUCUGACGACGUAGACCGUCUGAAGAUAAUGCUGUUGGAGAAGGAGGGAGCCAUCCUACAGGCGGGUAAGAUGAUCGAGGACCUGCAGGUCGAAAAUUCAGAUCUGGCUCGUUCCUAUAAGGAGAUCGAGAGGGCCAACACCGACUUGGUUGGUGAGAACACGGCUCUCGAAGAAAGGAUCCGCGGGCUCAAGGAUGAUCUCCUGGCCACCCAGGUCGACGCUCGCUCCACUAAGGUUCAGCUCGAGGGGGAG